AUUGGUCCGAUGCCAUGGGGGGCGGGGGGCGGGAUCGUUCCAUCGUCUCGAGUUGGACGACGACGAUGCACGGACGGGCGGACGGACGCAGAGUCAAUUGUCUGCUUGCGCUGCACUCCUGGAACAAAAAUCCUAGGCACGUAUUUCCUUUCUUGUCCUCCGGGAUCAAGACAUAACCCAAGCUGGGACUCUUACCGUCUAGUGUGCAGACUGUGACAUUCGACGCGUACGCAUCAUGUCAUCUAUAAUAAAACACUGGAACAUCGACACGAUUGCUACGGUGCUUCGCAGCACCGUCUUCAACCCCGGGGUCACUGCCCCGGCCUCAGCGGCGGUGAGUUGGAUAUUGAAAACGGACACGCUCGGUGCCCGCGGGUUGCAUAGUGGUCUCCCUCAACUUCUCCUGACGGUAUGGCUCCUCACUGCAGCCGGUCUGGCCUUGCGGCUCCACGAGCAGCUGAACAAGUGGACCGCCAACAACUGGACGAGGGACGACACAUGGGACUGGGAUAACGAGGUGGUGCUCAUCACCGGAGGCAGCAGCGGCAUCGGCGCCACCGUGGCCCAGCAGCUCGUGGCUCGCGACCCCCGCACGACGGUUGUCGUCGUGGACUACGUCCCUCUUACCUGGCGGCCGGCGCCUGAGGCGAAUGUGCGAUAUUUUCAGUGCGACCUCAGCGACAAGGCGGCAAUCAGGACCCUGUGCGAACGCGUGAGGCGCGAGGUGGGCAACCCGACCGUGCUCAUGAACAACGCCGGCCUCUCGCGUGGGUUCUCGGUCAUGGACGGGACUUACACGGACGUCGAGCUGACGAUCAACACGAACCUCGUCGCUCCGUUCCUGCUGGUGAAGGAGUUCCUCCCGCACAUGGUGAAGUCGAACCACGGCCACAUCAUCCACGUGGGGUCCAUGAGCGCGAUGAUGCCGCCCGCUCGGAUCGCGGACUACGCGGCCACCAAGGCCGGGCUGAUAGCUCUCCACGAGGCCCUCCAACUGGAACUUAGGUAUGUCAAUCAAGCGCCCAAGGUGCGAUUGACACUCGGCGUCUUCGGCUUCAUCAAGACGCCAUUUUUCAGGAGCGACCGGUCGGGGCAGUCGCCGUUCCUCUUUCCGCUUAUCGAAUCAGAAACGGUAGCCCGGUUGUUCGUGGACACUCUCUACAGUGGCUUCGGGAAGACGAUCUACAUGCCGGGCAUCAUGCGAUACGUGGCCAUGUUGCGGGGCGGACCCGAGUGGCUCUUAAGGAUGGCCAGGGAAGAGACCCAGAAGCUCACGGUUGACCUUGCCGGCUAUCAAACAGUCAACAGCAAGACCGGAAAGUUGGAAAUGCCGGGAGGCCGUAGCGCUACUUGAAGGCCAGAGUGUGAGCCGAGGGGGGGAUCUAUCAAGACGCUAUAAUUGUAGCACGAACAGUUUCAUUACUGUAGUCAAUAGCUCCGAUGCAAUCAUACUUUUUCGCCU